GUCGGCUUCCCAUUGGUCGCCGGUUGCACUACGUUUAAAGUCGCCGAGUUAGUUCACGCGGAGUGUCUGCUUCCGGCGUCAGCACGCUCUGUCCCUGCACGCGCCGGUACCUGCUUUCUACGCACGCGGCAAUUUGUAACCUCCGCAGCUCUUCGUGAGGAGAACGGCCACCGAGCCCGUCACAGCCGGAGCCCAUCACAUCACAGCGCCGACCGACACCACCACCUCUGCACCACCACUGCCGAGCCUAGCCCGCUGUACGCCGCACCAUGCCGAAAAAUAAAGGUGAGGGAUCGGAGCCCUGCGGCGGGAGGGAGGGAUAGCACGGGGACCGGGCACCGUGUGAGAGAGAGAGAGAGAGAGAGAGAGAGAGAGAGAGAGAGAGAGAGGCAGGCCGCAGGGAGAGCCUCACAUAGAGUGACUGACUAUACACACACACUUACUGUUUACUGACUCAUACUAGGCCUCCAGGAGCCAUAUUACCAUAUUACUACUAAUACUGCAUUACUAAUACUCUAUUACUACCAAUACUGCAUUACUAAUACUCUAUUACUACCAAUACUGCAUUACUAAUACUCUAUUACUACCAAUACUGCAUUACUAAUACUCUAUUACUACCAAUACUGCAUUACUAAUACUCUAUUACUACCUGUGUGUGUGUGUGUGUAUCAUUUCAUAUGGUUUAGUGAAGCAAGUUAAGACACAGGAUUGGCUGGUAGGAAAUAAAUACUGUGUAAUAUAGAUUAGGUUCUGGUGAAUUGCCUCAGAGGCCAGGCCCUGCUGGUCACUUGAUAUUUUAACCCUAUUUGUUGUUUUUGAUGUAGGGGAAACUUCAACAUUAGAGCAAAUCUCGAUUUUUAAACUCAACAUAUGCUCAUGCACUACGAUAACUUGCAAAUGGGUUUUAUGUGAUUUUGUAAACAAAAUCUUUCAAAUCUACACAAUUUUUCACAGUACUUUUACAGGAUAAAGGCACUGUUUUCCAGAUACUGCAAUCUACACAGCAUGUUUAAAUUUUUUUUUUUAUUUUUUUUUUAAAGUGUCAGUCAAAUAGUGGCUUUUUGUCAUGAGUCCUGCUCUGAUUGUAGUUCCUAGCCAACUGCAUUUCUGUUUACUUCAUUGCAUGAACUCUGCUGGUAGUUAAUUGUCACUCCAUUUGUAAAAACAAAUUUUUAACUAGUCUAUAAACCGUUAAGUGGUCCAGUAUUGGACUGCGUACUGAUAGAUCAGCAGAAAUAGAACUAGUUGUGUAUUGAGUUUUUGUUUAGUGUGUGUGUGUAUAUAUAUAUAUAUAUAUAUAUAUAUAUAUAUACACACACACACACACACACACACACACACACACACACACACACACUACCAGUAGAGAGCACUCAGGAGUCUUUCAAGGCAAAUUUCAUCCGUUGCUUUAUUGAGCAAUUACAAAUUCACACAACGUUCCAGUCGGACUGGAACGUUGUGUGAAUUUGUAAUUGCUCAAUAAAGCAACAGAUGAAAUUUGCCUUGAAAGACUCCUGAGUGCUCUCUACUGGUAUUGUAUACAAUUUGGUUGGAGACAUCACCUGAUCAUCAAAAGACCGGGAUCAUUGAAUGCUGGGACGUGUGUGUGUGUACACAUAUAUAUGUAUGUGUGUAUAUUUUUAUUUUUUUUUAUUUUUUUUACAAUUAACAACUUGUCUGUUUUUUUUUGUUUUUUUUAACAAAUUCAGAACCGUUUUAACUUUAGUUUACAUUAACCCUGGCUGUUCUGCUAUAACCAGAGUAUAUCAUGAAAGCUAAUUUAAUUAGAUUGUUGCCCACUAAGUCUCCUUUUACACAAAAAGAUUCUACCCUGCCAUUGCUUAUACAGUGGGGCCUCUGUUUACAAAUUUAAUGCGUUCUCCGGGACGUUUUGUAUUACGAAAAAUUCGUAAACCGAAACAUGGUUUCCCAUAGGAAUGCAUUGAAAACCAAUUAAUGUGUUCCGGAGGGGUGAGAGUUCUUAAAGUGUUUUAUCUGUUCAAAACUCUAUUUAUAAAGUGCACUUUAAAGGCAUAAAUACUAUACGGGGGACAUGAUUAAUCAAGCAAUAAUAUUUCAAACAUACAACUUUGUUUUAAAACAUCACACAUAAACCUUUAAAACAUGGCAGACUGUUGGUAAUAUGGUACAGUACACUUCAACUGUACAUAAAUCACACGUCAACAGGGCAAACAUGGAAAACUUCAACACUUUUUGGAAGAUGAGGGCAAUUGGGCAGCACUAACACAGGCAGGUUCUUCUUCAUGUCUAGACUGUUUUUGUAGGAACUUUUCUGUUGUCUGCUGCCUUUUAAGCAUCCCUCGGAAAGGGGACGUGAUGUCUGUCAAAACUGCUCAUAAGUCUCUGAGCUAGAGCCUUAUCUGGGUGGUGCUGCUGUACAAAUGUCUGUAGGUUUACCCACACUUGGUAUGCCUCCUUGAGUUUCGUGGAAGAGAGCUGUUCCUCACUCAUUUCCUCCUCAAAUGCGAUUUGCUCCUUCUGCAACUCCACCAGCUCCUCUGUGGUUGGGUCACAGUCGUGUUCCUCCACCAGCUCAUAGACAUCCUCCUCAGUCACCUCCAGGCCCAUGGUCCUCCCCAAGGAAACAAUUUCCUCCAACACUGUUGACUCUGGUGUAGGAGCACUGGAGGCAGGUUUCACAACAGUCUGGCCACAGGUUGCGCCAAGCAGAAUUUAGGUUUGUCUGGCUGGCCCAGGCAAUGGCGAUCUGCAGACAGCUCAAAAUGUCAAAAUGCUUUCUCCAAAAUUCAUGGAGGGUGAGGCUUGAUCGAUCUGUCAUCUCAAAGCAUCACUGGAAAAGCUCCCUUGUGUAGAGUCUUUUUAAAAUUGGAGAUGACCUGCUGGUCCAUUGGCUGGAGUAGUGGAGUGGUGUUAGGCGGAAGGAAUAUGACCUUGAUGAAAUUAAAGUCCUCCAGUAAGUCUUCCUCGAGGCCUGGAGGAUGGGCAGGAGCAUUGUCCAUGAGCAGCAUGGUCUUGAGUGGCAGGUUAUUGUCCACAAGGUACUUCUUCACAGCAGGACCAAAAACCACAUUGACCCACUUGACAAACAAGAGGCGUGUGACCCAAGCCUUUGGGUUAGACUGCCACAAAAUGCUCAAUUUCUCCUUGUUAACUUUGUUAUUCAAAGGCCCAUGGGUUCUCUGAAUGGUAGACAAGCAGGGGCUUGAUCUUAAGGUCCCCGUUGGCGCAGAACAGGAGGAUGAGACAGUCCUUCAUCGGCUUGUGGCCAGGCAAUGAGGUCCCCUCUUCUGUGAUGAAGGUAUGCUUUGGCAUCUUCUCCCAGAAGAGUCCAGUCUCGUCGCAGUUGAAGACCAGCUGAGGAAGGUAGCCCUCUGAAACCAUGACCUCCAGGAACUUCAUAGCAAAUUCCUCAGCUGCAACAACAUCGGAAAUUGCAGCCUCUCCAUGCCUGACCACACUGUGGAUGCCAGAUCUGGUCUUGAACCUUUCGAACCACCCCCUGCUGGCCUUGAAGCCUUCUGCAUCUGCUGAUGUUCCUGGCUGUUGUUUGAGGAGGUCAGCAUUGCAAGGCCUUGGCUUUUUCGCAGAUGAUCGCCUUCCUUGGUCACGGAGUCCCCUGCACGCUGCUUCUGUUCAAUACAGAUCAGGAGCAACUUCUCGACCUCCUCCAGAACCUGGUGACUCCCUUGGCUGCAUCUCUCCCAGUUAUCUUCUUUCAUCUUUAGGAUUGUACCGCUUGUGGAUGCACUCCUUCCAUACUCUUUGGCGAGGUCAGUCAAUCGCAUUCCUCCUUCCUGAUGAUUUCUUUUUUGUCAAGCAGAAUAAUCAUCUUCCUCUUCCCAGCUUCCGCUGCUUUCUUGGGUGCCAUGACACCACCGUCACGAAGUAUGCAAAAAAAGUUUUACACCCACAUGAGCUGGCAUGGAAAUCACCCCACAAUGCAGAACACACAGUAAAAGGCAUGCAAACAACUCGGCUCCCUGCUUUUCCACCUCUUGAGAUGCACCAAAAAGGCUCCGAAACUUGCUGCAAAUGGCUCCAAAACCUCUACAACACCUCCACACUCACAUGCUAUCCAGACUCCAGUAUGCAGGGGGCGCAGCUAUAAACCAGGACACUUGUUUCGUAUUGCGAAAAAAAAAUGUUUUUACCAAAAAAAAAAUGAUACAAAUGGAACUUGUGCUGGGAAGCAGAUAUAAUUAUGUAUAUUACAACCAAAGAAAGUUACCUGCGCUCUUUCCACAUCCCUAUGUAUUUUUUUAAAAAUGGAGGGGUUUUUAAGUUUCCUCCAAUGGCCAUGAGGGUAUACCCACCUGCCAUGUCAAUGCAGACCUCUUAGGUGGGUCCUAAAUCUAACUAUUCACCUUGCUUCCUUGAGCUUGUGGCAAAGAUUUCUCUGAGACAGGGGUAUCUUUUUUUUUUUUUUUUAAUAUACAUCCCUACAUGCUUAUUAACCCUUAAUAGGAACACACUGGAUGGGAAGCAGCAUUGUAACCUAGCUGUGUGAUACAAAAGUGAAUACAAACCUAAAGAAACCAGUCCAGUCUCCCUUUACUCCUGGGCGGCAGCAACGACCAUAGUACACAGCCCAAAUACAUAUAGUAAAAACCAAAGGAAAAAAAGUUACCUGCGCUCUUUCCACAUCCCUGUGUAUUUUUAAACAAAUGGAGGUUUUUAGUUACCUCAGAUGGCCCUGAGAGGGUAUGACUACCUGCCACGUUAAGGCAGGCAUCAUUUUAGAUGGGUCCUAUGGAGUAGACUAAUACAGUACACAUCCGAUUGGUCCUCUUAUUGAUAUAUAAACUCGAUCCACAUAGAGGUAUGGCUAGCCCUUGACUAAGGUGCAGUUAUAUGCACCGAAACGCGCGUCGGGUCUGGUUUUUUUUAACUCACUUUAUGGAACACUCAUGCACGCAAAGGGUGUCUAGCGCUACUUUUUGUUCUUAGACUUUUGGUUUUGUGGGGGUAGUUUGGAGGCAAUGACUUGGAGCAUCAGCUUAGGACACCCAUGAAAGUGGUAUUUUAGGAGAAUUGGGGACUUGUAUUUAGGGCAUCUCCAUAUUUGCUGAUAAUUGUGUUUCACAUAGACAUCAGCCCCUCAUUCUCACCUCUCAUUUAUAUAUGAGGCUGCUGCUACUUAGCUGUAUCGAAGGGGAUAAGAAUACUUAUACCAAAACGUUGCUUCAUUUAAUGAGUGAUUAACUCUUAUGUUUUGAAGCUUGUAUAUUUUUCAUGAUUAUUCUUCUGAUCACACCUCACUUUACUCAGGUCUCUAGCACUGUUGCCAUAUGGCCCUUUGCUUCCAAGGUUUUGUGUAUUACCCAGAUCACUAUUUAGUGACCAUUCCCUUAUAACAAUCCUGUUUAUCUGGACUUAGCAGCCAUUACUAGUGUUGAUUUUAAGCCCCUAUUGAGUAUGGCUGCAUUUGUUGGCCUCUAAACAAGGAUUUUGUGGUUGUAAUAUACGGAACAAUAUCUGCUUUCCAGCAUAAGUUCCAUUUGUAUCAUUUUUAGGGUGAACAAAUGAUACUGAGGGCACUACUAAAUAUGUGAAGCUUUUAAUGGGUUGUGGGGGGAAAAACCUCGAAAUAACUUAUUUAUGCAUAAAUUAACGAACUGCUAUUUUGCUUUUAGGUAAGGGAGGUAAAAACAGAAGGCGUGGUAAGAACGAAAACGAGUCUGAAAAGAGAGAACUAGUAUUUAAAGAAGAUGGACAAGGUAUGUCUGGCUUUUUUUUUUUUUUUUUUUGAGUUGCUAAGGGCUCUACAGAUGUAGACAUCUGAGCUGAUAAAACAGACAUUGUGUUUCACAUUUAGAGGAACUUUAUAUUACUAGUGCCACCAUACGAAUGCAUGAACAUACAGCUUGUUACUUUUUUUUUUUUUGGAUCAAGUUAGAUCUAUUAUGCAAUGUCCUGGUCAGCUGGUGAACACAAUCUUAUGAAACACUUAAGUACAUGUGCUAAACACUGCAUUCCUCCAAUCAAAUGAUUUAAAAUAAAAAUCUCAAGUUUUAUAUUGCAAGUAUAGAACUAAACGACAACUGCACCAAGACAAAUUCAUUGUAUGACAAUAGUGUUAUUUGAAAGGCCAAAUCUGAUCUCUAUUUAGAAAGAGCGAUCAAGCCACUUGUUAUAUUUGCAAUAGUUUAAUUUGUAACUUGUGUAUAACUAUUUGGAUCUUUAAAGGGAAUUUAUUUUUAAUGUUUAUUUUUGUCUUCUCAGAAUAUGCACAAGUGAUCAAGAUGUUGGGAAAUGGUAGGCUGGAAGCCAUGUGCUUUGAUGGAGUCAAGAGGUUAUGUCACAUUAGAGGGAAACUCCGAAAAAAGGUAAGUUCUUGUGGGUAAUUGGACUUUUCAAAUGGUAGAUAUUCCCUUUUGUUUUAACAAUUAAAAAAAAAAAAAAAAUGGUUUUCAACAAAUGCUAGAACAUAACUUGAGGCAGUUAGUCUUGUAUAUGAAUGAGGCGGUGAGGCUCAUCUUCCUGUCCGCAUGCACCUCCCAUGCCUUCCCGUAAGAUAUAGGACUCCAUUUAAGGUCCUGAUGCUUGCUUACAAAUCUCUGCACUAUGCUGCUCUGACCUAUUUAUCCUCACUAAUACACAAAUGUGUCCAGUGUAGGACCCUAUGCUCUGCCUAAGACCUAUGUCUAACCCCUGUUCAUUCUCCUACCUCUGAUACUCACCUUAAAGACUUCUCUAGUGCUGCAUCAUUCCUAAGGAAGGCUCUUCCCCUCUGUUAGACUUUCACCCAGUCUCCGCUUCAUCAAAAAAUCUUUGAAAACUUCUAGGAGAGCAGAUCAAUCUGCAACAAAACACCUAGCCCUCAGUGGAUACUUUCCUAGCAACAUACUUUUCUACCCCUACCCUUACUUUUUGUGUCAUUUUACCCCACUCCCUCUAGCAUGUAACCUCAUUGAGCAGGGCACUCAAUCCCUCUGUUCCUGUGUCCAACUUGUCUGGUUACAAAUACGUGUCCGUCCACCCGCUGUACAGUUAUGUGGAAUUUGUUGGAGCUUUAUAAAUAUUAAUAAUGUACACUGUAUUCUUAUGCCAUUUAAGUUUUUCCCUUUUGUAAAAGAAGAAAAAAAUAUUCUGCUCUCUUCAAAAGAGUUCACCAUUCAGUGGGUGCUACUGAAUUUCUUAAGUUGCAUUGACAUGCAUUAUAGUAUACAAUAACUUUGUAGUGCAGACAUAGGCAACUUUCAGCACUCUAGAGACUACACCUCCCAUGAUGCUUUGCAAGCAUCAUGGGGGAUAUAGUCCACAUCUGGAGUGCCGAAGGCCGCCUAUCCCUGAUGUAGUGUGUGGGCAUUGCACACUUGAUUAUGCUAACAUCUGUGCACUCUUAGUAGUUUGUAACUGCAUGGGCACACCUUAAGGCUGACUUUAACUAGUAUUUAAUCAGUUUCACCUUAACUCAUACUAAGUGAAUUUAAACCAGGAGAUGAUGCAUAUCAAGGACUGGCAAUGAUAAAACAAACCUCUCAUUUACAAACCUUUUGUUAUUCAUUGUUUGUAAUGUAAAUAUUUUUGUUUUGUUAAUGGAUUCUUCCUUUGUCUCAGUAUGUGAUACCUCCUAUAAGAUCUUUGUUGUCCAUCACAGUGUUUGCUGUUUUGUUCUUGGCUUGUCUGGGUGUGUGGUUUAUUCUAUUUUUUUUUUUUUUUUUUAAAUCUCCAUUUUGAAGUCACCAUGUUGCCACUGAAUCUGUUAGCCUUCCAUACACUAAUAAAGACUCUGUUCAUAAAAGGAUAACCUGCUAAAUGUACCUAUUUAAAAAGUACAGAUAAACCCCCAGAGUCUGGGGUAAGUUUGCCUACAAAUGUUAGUUUUGUUAUCCAUAACCUUUCCAAUUUGACGUAGGGUGCCAUGAAGGAUUAGUUGCACACAGUCUAGCAAUUACAUAGGACUCCUGCAGCAUUCUAAAUUCAUCAAGACAUUUUCACACUGAUAUGCCUUCUUACUACUCUCAAACAAUAUUUGAGCAUUAAUAGCAUAUACCUUCACAAUUAUUUCAAUACACAAGGAGUGCAUUCCACAAUGGGCUGUGCUGUGGGUUUUCAAAUGGGAGAAGAGUUGAACAAUCUUUGGUGGCAAUCCAAACACAAAGGGGCAAAGUCUUACUAACCUCAUACUAAAGUCUUUGAAUCUUUUAGUUAUCAGAUUAAUUUGGUUUCCAUACCCAGCAUCCGAUAGGAAGGAACUUACCCCAUUUGUUUAUAUUAUGCUUGUGGGAUUUGCAAAUUUUAGUCCGUUUCUUGGAGACCUUAUGGGAAUGUAGGCACCCAGAUGUCUCAAGCUGUACGUAUUAUUUGCCCACGCUAGACCUAUCAAUCACAUCCUAUCCAGAAGCCGCAUGACGUCCCACAACACAUAUAGACCAUACUUAUUGUACUUGACAAUUAAACACCUAGGCAAUGCCUGAUCUGCUGUAAGACACAGACUAAACUCGGCCUGAAGUUCAGGUGGUACAUUUAAUGGAAAUGUAGGAAGGCCUGUUACUGGGACUCACUACCACUGAAAGAGACAUUUUAUGUUGCCCAUGGAGUUUUGUACUGUCGUAUUAAAAAAAUGCUUAAAUAUUUUUAUUUUUAGGUCUGGAUCAACACAUCUGACAUUAUAUUGGUGGGCCUCCGAGAUUAUCAAGUAUGUAACUUUUUUUGUUUGUUUUUUUGGCAGCUGUCUUAAGUUAAAUAGAACGUAAACAACUUUAACUUUAAAUUGAAACAGGAUGGAAGUUGUCCCCCUCUUAAACUGGUGUUAAGGGGAUAUGUUGUCCAACACAUGGCAGUAGCUCCAUUGAAUAGUGGCCAUCUAAAACUGUCAACUGUCUGUCAUCUUAUAAUAUUGUACAAAAAAUACAAAUGUGUAAAUUUUAAAGUGUGUGUGUAUAUGUAUAUAUGUGUGUGUGUGUGUGUGUGUGUAUAAUAUAUAUAUAUAUAUAUAUAUAUAUAUAUAUAUAUAUAUAUAUAUAUAUAUAUAUAUAUAUAUAUAUUUUUUUUUUUCUUGACACCUAUUUUGUUCUUUUCUAGGAUAACAAAGCAGAUGUAAUUCUAAAAUACAAUGCAGACGAAGCCAGGAGUCUUAAAGCAUACGGAGAACUUCCAGAGCACGGUAAAAGGAGCAAAACUGUUGAUGGUUUUAUCUUCAGUUGGGGAAUAUGCUGGAAUUUAAUGUAAAUUUUCUGUCCCUUUUAGCUAAAAUCAAUGAAACUGAUACAUUUGGCCCUGGAGAUGAUGAUGAGAUCCAGUUUGAUGACAUUGGUGAUGAUGAUGAAGAUAUUGAUGACGUAAGUGUCUAUUUAGGCCACAUUCCCUGUGAGCUUAGUUGUGUGCUCCAUUUGUAUCAGAAUAACGUUGUGCUUAACCCCUUAAGGACACAGCUUCAGAAGCUUGACUUACACUUAAUGACACAAGCAAUUUUAGCAUUUUCUUGCUGUUUGCGUUCAACUGCAAUUUGCAUCGCUCUCAUUUAUUGCACCGACACAUAUUAUAUACUGUUUUUUUAAAGGACAGAAAGGGCUUUAAUUUGAUAUAACACAUAUACAUAUAUAUAUUAUUUUUAUUAUAAAAAAAAUACAGAAAAAUGCAAAAAAAAUGAAAAAUAUUGUUUGUUUGUUUUUACAGUUUUUGCAAUAAUAAUGUGUGCAUAAUUAGUGCAGGUUAAGGAAAGUAAAAAAAUUUUUAUUUGUUCUGAUUUACAGAAUAUAUAAUGUGUCUGGGAUUUUCAAUAUUUUUUUGGUAGUUACAGGUCACAAAGCACAAGGAGUAAAAUAGACUUUUAAUGUGGAGCGAUUUUAGAAUUUGGUAUGUUUGUCUUGUAAGCUUAAUAGCCAUAAAAGAAAACAAAAUUACCACACAAAAGUAUAUAUUUAUAUAAAGUAGACAUCACGGGCUAUUUACCUAAGGUUGUUUUGACACUUUCUACUUAGCCAUUUCACCGCCAACCUCUGCUAAAUAUUGGAGUAAAAUUGUGUUCUUUUUGGUUUUUGGCACACAAACUUAUAACAGAGAAAUUCUCGUGUAUAUUUUGUAAAGUUGGUGUGUGCUAUUCCUGUACAAAGUUUUAUUUUGUGUUCAGUUACAUCUGCUGAGUAAAAUGACACCCCAUUGUAUGUCUUUUGCACUAUUUCGUGAAGUUACAGUGCCAUACAGGAUACCUGUCCUUUUCAGUAUUCACAGUAGAAUUUUGAGAGAUGGAUUUAAUGAGCCUUAGCUUCCAUUUGGGGUAUUAUAACAGUUUGACUGUUCAAAAAAACCCCAUAAAGGCCUACCAUUUGUAAAAGUAGACACUCCAGGGUAUCUCAUAAGGUGCAUAUUGUGCCUUAACAUACCCCCAUUUUUUCACCAAUAUAUGCCAAAGUAUGUGGUAAAAAAAUAAUUUUGUGCAUUUUUUACAUACGGAUUGCAUUUUUGCUGGGCGUUUUGUAUAUUUCAUAUGUGCCACUAAGUUCAAACCUCCCAAAUUAUACUCAGCUAAGUCUUUUGAGUAAAAAUACACCCCCAAUGAAUGUCUUUGGCACUAUUUUGUGAAGCUACAGUGCCAUAUAGGAGACCAAGCCAUAUCCGUUUUUACCAAACUUUGAAUUUUGACGCUGGGCCUAUGUGCAAUUUCCAAGCAUCUUCGCAGGUUUUAAAUUCAAACUACCCCACAAAGGCCUACCAUUUCUUAAAGUAGACACCCCAGGGUGUUUCAAAAGGUAUAGUUUGAACCUUAGCGUGGGAUCAUUUUUCCGCUAGCUUGUACCAGAUGUAGUGGUAAUAAGCAUUUUUUCUGCCUUUUUGACAUACAAAGUGAGUUUGCGCAGCAUAUUUUGCAAACCUUAUGUGUGCUAUGACUGUAUAAUACUUCAUAUGUUGCUCAGCUAUGUCGGCUGAGUACAGCAAUACCCCCGUAUGUACCUUUGCCAGGUAUAUGUGAAUGUUGAAGGGGCGCAUUUGAGACGCAGCCAUUCAGUUUUUUUCUAACUUUGAAGUUUUACGCUGUGUCCAUGUUCCAUUUUGGAGUAGUUUAGACGGUUGGUUAUUGAAACUUCCCCACAAACACAUACUAUUUAUUAAAGAAUACACCCUGGGGUAAUUCAAAAGGCAUAUUUUGAACCUUGGCGUGGGAUAAUUUUUUCUCUAGUUUGUUCCAGGUGUAGUGGUAAUGAGCAUUUUUAAAAUGUAUUUUUUUACUUUUUAUAACUUUUUUACUUUUAAAAACUAGUUUUUAAACUUUUGUUUUGCUUAUAAAUUUUUUUAAACUUUCCUAAACUUUCUUAAAACUUUUUUACAGAUUUAACAUUUUUCUAAGCUUUUUUUUUUACCGUUAACCCCUUAACUAGCAGUACGCAGCACUAACAGUAAAUUCCCCAUUUUCCCAUAACUCCCACCCACCCCAGCUAGCAAAAUAUAUAGUUAUAAAAUAUUUAAAUUAAUUAAUUAAAUAAAUUGAACCCCUGAGGGUUAAAAAAAUAAAUAAAAGUUAAUCCUCAGGGGUUAAAAAAAAUUAGAUCACAGUAUAAUACUGUGAUCUCUAUUUGAUCGCUGUAGGCAGUGAUCGACUGGCAGGGAAGGGGUUAAUUUUUAUUUGGACUAGGUAAAGUGUGUUUUUUUUGUUUUUUUUACUUAAAUGUUAUUAAAACAUUUUUUUAAGCUUAAUUUUUAACUUUUUAAAGUUUCUUUUAAAACUUUUUUAACGUUAACCCCUAGUUAGCCUAACGCCAAAUCCCCCAAUUCCCCACUAACUUCCACCUACCCCAGCUAGCUAAAUAUAUAAUUAAAAAAUAAUUUAAUUAAUUAAUUUAACCCCUGAGGGUUAAAAAAAAAAAAUCAGAUCAUAGUAAAAUGUAAUCCCUGCCAAUUGAUCACUGUAGUCAGUGAUCAAUUGGCAGGGAAGGGGUUAAUUUUUUAUUAAAAUGGGUAAGGGGGGGGGGGACUUUAAAUAAACUUUAUUUUUUUAACAGCAGGGGGCAGGAUCAGCACUGAUCCGGCUCCCUGCACUUCACACAGAACCCGGAAGUGCAGGGAGCCGGUAGGUGAGUAUACAGAGCACAUGUGCUCGCUCUGACUUGCGGUCAGAGCGAGCACAUGUGCUGGGCAGCCUGACCGGGUGCUCCCGGUAUGCCUCUAAUGCAGAGGCAUACCGGGAGCACCAUUAACCCCGCGAUCGCCGCGAUCCGGGGUUAAUUUUACCGCGUGACGGACGAGGUCCGUCACCCGUCGUUAAGGGUCUCCCCUCUGUGACGGACCUCGUCCGUCACCUGUCCUGAAGGGGUUAAGGGCUUCUAAUAUACGCAGUUAGUUCCAGCAAUGGGCAGUCUGUGCUGGUGAAGUACACAAUAAGCUUCAACAGUGGAAAGCUUGUAGCUCCCCAAAACGGAUGUGUCCAAUCCCUGCCUCCCUAUGUUCUGAUCCUGGAGAUGGUUCCAAUUUGAUUGGACCGUAUAACUGGACAGUGUUAACAGAUGGGUCAUGGAUAUCGGCAAGUAUUUCAGACAAGGUUUUUUGUUUUUGUUUUUUUUUUUUUUAUUUUAUUAUAGUGGGCUGGUGCUAACAAUUAGAGUAUAUUAUAUGCCAUAACAAUUCUCUAUUCCUUUUCCUCUCUCCAGUAGGCAGUUAAAAUUAACUCUGAAUGUGCAGGCUUUCAAGCAAAAACACUGCACAUACAUAAUCCUACCACCAUGACCACUUCAAAUAACUAAUACUUUGUGUAACCAUUUAACUUUCAGCUCUAGAGUAUCACUUCAGUUCGUAAAUGAACAAUCUUUAAACAUGGCUGGUUCAUGCUGGAAUGUAUACGAUGGCAGAAGCUUCAAAUUUGAAAGUAUAGUUUCACCUUACAAGCGUACAUUCGUACAAGCAUUGAUAAGUUCAACACUUAUCACUAUUUUAUGUAAACAAGCUUUCAGAUGUAAGCAUUAACCCAUUCAGGAUUGAGUCAAUAGUGCACAUUCUGAACAAAACAUAGACAAAAACUGGAAUUUGCGCUAUAUGUCUGUUCAACCGUAAUUCACCGCUGUCACAUUAAGUGCACCCACACUUAUUAUAUAUAAUUUUGUUCAGGAGAAACAGGGCUUUAAUUUAUCAUUAACUAUUCAUAUAUGGAACAUAAUUUAUGAAUAAAAUGUGAGAAAAUAAGAUUUAAAAAAAAAAAAUUUUGUUUCCGUCUGACAUUUUAGCUGUGAAUGCCAUAAUACUGUUAGGUUUUACCGCAAAAAAAAUGCCCAUAUUUGUAAUCAGCGAUGUCUCGCGAGUACAACAGUACCCCCCAUUAACAGGUUUUAUGGGGUUUUGGAAAGUUACAGGGUCAAAUAUAUGUUCCAUUUUCAAAUUGAAAUUUGCCACAUUAGUAAUGUUACCUUUGAUACGGUGUGGUAGCCCAGGAAUGAGAAUUACCCCCAUAACUGCAUACCAUUUAAAAAAAGUAGACAAACGAAGGUAUUGAAAGUGGGGUAUGUUUAGUCUAUUUUAGUAGCCACUUAGUCACAAACACUGGCCAAAGUUAGCGUUCGUAUUUGUUUUUGUAUGAAAAGCAAAAAACUAAUAUUUGGCCAGUGUUUGUGACUAGGUGGCUACUAAGAAAGACUGGAUAUACCCCUCUUGCAAUACCUUGGGUUGUCUACUUUUGCACACGGUAUGCCAUCAUGGGGGUAAUUCUCAUUCCUGGGCUACCAUACGCUCUCAAAGGCAACAUAACCAAUCUGUCAAAUUUCAAUGUAAAAAAAAUGAAAUGCAAGCCUUAUAUGUGACUCUCUAACUUUCCAAAACAUAUUACAACAAUAAUAGUCCAUAAAAGUGCCGUUCGUUUGUAAAAAAAAAAUAAAAUAAAAAAAAGCGAAAGUCACUUUUACUUAAAAUAUCAUCAUUGUAAUACAAUUUACCAGUUUGAAACGCUAAUAUUUGAGUUCAGCGAAGUCUCCUGAGUAAAACAGUACCCCCUAUGUACAGGUUUUAUUGUGUCUUGGAGAGUUACAGGGUCAAAUAUUGCUUGCGAAUUAAAUUCUCUGGACUUUCUCCCUGUGUUGUCAGGCAUGUCAAUCAAAUUUUAAUUAACCAAAUCACAUUAUGUUAAAAGAUUACUUAAAUAUACAUGUAGAAUUUUAAAAUAUAUACAUUUAUAGGUACUUAAAUUCUAUGUGUAUACUAAUGUAAUCUUUUGUCAUUAUAUGUGUGUAUAUAUACAUUUUAAAUUUUGUUUCAAUUAUUAUUGUAAUUAUAUAUGUAAUUCGAAGUGUAUUUUAAUACUAAUAUAUACUUAUAUUAAAAUACACUGUGUUACGUGUGUGUGUGUGUGUGUGUGUGUAUGAUAUUUUUUUUAAUUUUUUUUCAUUUCCCACCAGCAGGGGGACUGUCUGAUAUUUUAGACAGUCCCCCUGCUGGCAGAUCCACAGCCAACUAUAGAGGGCCAUGUGAUCGCUCUUCGAGAGCAAUCACAUGUCCCCCUGGGGGCCUCAUUUGCCGGGGGAGGGCUGCCUGGGAAGCCCUCCAGAAGAGGAUCGCGGCGGAGGUGAGUAAAUCCUGGCUCCUGGGGCAGAAAGCCGUUACGGUGUUUUGUCGCCGCAACGGCUUUAAAGCCCAAUUAAAGCGAGACGGUGUUAAGGGGUUAACUAAUGCCAACUGUGCAAGUGAAUCUUUGUAUGUGCUUUCUGUGAUGUGAUAUAAUGCAAAGCACACGUUCUGAUGUUUGGGAUUGCAGCGACUAUAUUCUGGUUAUCUGCUGCUAGCAGAGAAAAUAAAAAAAAUCUGAUUGAACGCCAAAAGUAAAGCGAUGCCACUAAUUUGAAACCUUGCAUAUUGCUUUAUAAAUGGUUUAAUGCUUUUAUUUUUGCCUGAUUUUAAAAAAAAUAACACUUUCUCAUGCUUAUCUCUUGCAGAUCUAAACACGGAAGCUAAAUUCCAUACUAAUUUGCAAGAAUCGUUCUACUUUUUAUUUGAAUUUUGAGUGACGCCUUCCCACUGAGAGAAUACCUCUUCUGCCCAAUAAAGAUUUUUCACUUUUAACCUAUUUAUAUUCUUUCAGUAGAGGUUGAUAAUGCUGGAUAUUUUGGAUCAUCUGAACAUUUAUAUGAAUAAAAGUUAUUUUUGCAAUGUGGAGUUCCUGUAGGAAGCUCUGCCCUCAAUCAAAAGUAAUGCUGCUUUCCUCCUGUAUUACUGCAUUCAUUUCUACACCUACUGCACACGACUGGCUUCAACUAUGUAAUUGUCAUGAUUGGUUAUCAGUUGAGCAAUAUUGACAAAAGAAAUCUACUGCAUGUUCUUGAAUAAAGACAAAGCGGUUUUAUAUUUUGGUCAGUGUUUAAAAUUUAACUGCUCAUCUGCAUUUCUUGUCGUCUUUGUAAUGUGACUAAUUGUAUAACAGUCACAAUUUAUCCUGUUUUUAACAGUGCUUUGGAGUUAGAAGCAUGUUUGGGUUGUUGGAGUCGGUAAAAAUGUUCUGACAGACUAAAUGUACUGUAUAUUGCGGCGUAAUAGUCCACCCCAGAAAUGAGGUGUAAUAUAGGUCUAUGCCAAUUUUCCACUUUUGUGGCUAGGCUUGCAGACUUGUAUUCUUACGAUUUUUAGCUUGGACUUGGCAGCAAAAGCUUACAAAUAGUCCUGUUUAUUGUAAUUAUUUUACUGAUUGCUGUUAGGAUAUUCUACAAUCAUUAAAAUAGAGUUUAAACUUAAACAAACCUGUGUACAUUUACUAGUUUUAUUUUUGCAGAAUGAUGGCACAUGUGUGUCUCUCCAGCCAGUCAGCUGUGUUUACAUAUGAAUGAAAUUACCGCUUGCGGUAAUAUAAUUUUGCUACGUCUUGUGAAACUUGAGUAGAAGAGUAAAAACAACUAAGUGUAAUCCAUUGAGUGAUAGCAAGGACACCAGAAAUUCUAUUUCUUUAGAAAAAAGAUUUUGGAAAUGAUAAACGCAUUGGGCCAUGGCCAUAUUUUUGUAUCAGCAGUGUACCAACAACUUUAUGUUCAGUGUAUUAGUUGACAAGUCUUUGUGAGAGACUUUUUUUACGCUUUAAAUGUCAACUUAUAUGCCGGCAUUUAGGAUGUAUUGUAAUACGGUAAUUUAAUCAUUCUGUAUAUAAUAUAAGGAGUCAGAGGAUUUGUACCAACUCCCCAACCCUGGUUUUGGAUAUGUAACUUAAUUUUCAAGUGAGCCUAUUACACUGUACAGUGACUACACAGGUUGAAAUCUAGUUGAGAUCUGAAGACUUAAUAUGCCUUUUAUUGAAAUGUUCGUUUUUUUUUUUUUUUUCAUUUAAAAGACAACAUUGUAGAUUGUCAGAAUGCAUAAUGUUUUAUCUUGCAAAAAUUUAUACAUAUUUUUACUAUACAGGAAGUGCUUUUCAUUGCACUGGAGGGGUGGGGUGAGUAUAAACAAAUAUGUACCUACAAAGACUAAAUUUAAUACAUUUUACAGUAGAGUACUCCUGGUGGUUAAUGGUUGCAUUCAUUUUUCAUUACAUAAACUCAGUUUUCCAUGUGCAAAACAUGAUUCAUUAUCAGUGGCAAAUGUUAGUUUGCCCUGUAAAUUCCGAUAAUGCUAACCUCUCAAAAAGUGAACUCUUGUCCCGUAAUAGAAUUGUCAAAUGUAUCUUUAAUUGGCUCCCAACAUUUUGUUAAUCUUUACAGGUGCCUUGGGUGCUUACAGUAAUUUAGACCAUAACCUGUAAGUAUUAUAAUUUACAUUGGUGCCAGUGUGCACAUACAUAGUCUUUGCUGAAUUAAACUCUAUAUCCGGUGUAGCCAGCCUUUGGUACUCUUGGUGUUGUGAACUAUAUCUCCCCUGAUGCUUUGUCAACAUUUUGGCAUUUAGUGCUAAAGGUUGCCGGCCCCGUGCUCUGUUAAGCUUAUCUAUCCUCUAGAUACAAUUUAUUGAAGUGGGGGAUAGGAAAACCGGAGACUUAUGUUUUAGUAACAUGCCACCAUUUAAUUAUUUAUGAAUGUACAGGGGAAGCUAUUCAGUUAAAAAAAAAAUUUUUAUUUUUUUUUCUCAGUAGUUUGUCUUCUGUAAAGUAUCUUAACUAGUCUGCCUGUGCCAUAUGAGCUGUCCAAAAUGUAAGAAGCGUGAAUAAACUGCGAGUGUUCACAAUAUUGUCUCUUUAAGCAGUGAUACAGUCAAAUAUGAACUUAAUUUGGAUGUUGAACACAUUCAAUAAACCAUUUACCAGCCUUUUAUGUUCCAUGAAACUGAAUAUUCAUUCCUGAUUUAAGUUCAUUGACUGCUUCAGGUCAUUAGCUUAAAAUUAAUAUUUCAUUCCACUUCUGGAAUGACCACUUGCUAAAACAUCCAGUGUUAAGCUAGCACACUUGAAUAGAACAGGGCAAGUAAGGCUGCACUGCAACAUGUGGUCUAAAAUGAGGAUUGGAGAAGAGCAUAUUGGAAGCUGUACUUAUGCAUAGGUCGCUUUUUGAUAAAGCAGGAGAAAAAGCUUUGUGUGCAAAUUGACAUCUUAUUGACAUUUAUUAUAAAUCAGGAAACGUGUAUUACUCUUGUCAGUCACGUUUGAAUAUGCGGUGAAACCUCUUGUUAUAUUUCGUUUAUCCUACAGUACUUCCUUUGCAAAUUUGCAACCUCUGGGAGGAGUGUGUAAGAUUAAUUUCAUUUCCAUAUAAUGAAAACAUGCAUAGCCUGUCUUUCUAACUGCAUAAUGUAUAGUAUGUGAAUUAAAAUUGUGUACAGGUAUUGGUGAUACCUGAAGCCUUGUGUUUCUAAUACUAUCCUACCUAAAUAAUUAAAACCUACAAUGGGAGUAUGCCCUAAAUCUUGUGAAUGGAACAUCAUCAAAGUGCAAAAUAAAGAUUUGUGCAUAUAUUUUUAGUUUGUUUUUUAAAAGAGCUAAUAAAACAAAUUAAUCCAUACGAAUGUUUGUAUGUCUUGUG